AUAUUUGCUUCCUCGUUUCGCCCUUCAACUUCAUCACUCGUCUCUCUAUCUGGUUGUUGUGGCCGUUCAACAACUCCAAAGGUUAGUCCCCUCCUUCCUCUGCUUCUCCGAUUCCAUGUCAUUUCAUUUCCCUUUUUGAGAUCUGUAGGCUCUUACUUUAGAUCUGGGUGUGAGAGAUGGCAGCAACAGCAGCAGCUACCUUCUCCAUCGGAACUACCUUUUCCGUUGGCCGGAAAGGAGUGUCAACCCCACAAUCAAAGCCUUGUGCUUUGAGGUUCACCACCCAAAACCCUCUUAAGAGUUUCAGUGGCCUUAAGGCGGCAGGUGGAUCGUUUGCUUGCGAGUCUGAGUCAUCAUUCUUUGGCAAGGAAACCACUGCUGCUAUUCGAGCUUCGUAUGCUCUCAAGGCCCACAAGGAAGCCGCGGUGGUUCAGCAGCCGCAGGCGUCUUAUAAAGUAGCUGUUCUUGGAGCUGCUGGUGGAAUUGGUCAACCCUUGGCCCUUCUCAUUAAGAUGUCCCCUUUGGUGUCUUCCCUGCAUUUGUAUGAUAUUGCGAAUGUCAAGGGUGUCGCGGCUGAUCUCAGUCACUGCAACACUCCCUCGCAGGUUCUGGAUUUUACCGGGGCAGAUGAGUUGGGUAAAUGUUUGACAGGUGUGGAUGUGGUUGUCAUUCCUGCCGGAGUUCCCAGGAAGCCUGGCAUGACCCGUGAUGAUCUCUUUAAUAUCAAUGCCGGCAUUGUGAAGUCCUUGAUUGAGGCUGUUGCUGAUAACUGUCCUGAUGCUUUCAUUCACAUCAUCAGUAACCCGGUCAACUCUACCGUGCCUAUUGCUGCUGAGGUUCUGAAGCGGAAGGGUGUAUAUAACCCAAAGAAGCUCUUUGGUGUUUCUACUUUGGAUGUGGUGAGGGCAAACACAUUUGUUGCUCAGAAGAAAAAUCUGAAGUUGAUUGAUGUUGAUGUCCCAGUUGUUGGAGGACAUGCUGGAAUAACUAUAUUGCCCUUGCUGUCAAAGACAAAACCCUCAGUCAGCCUAUCUGAUGAAGAAGUUGCAGAGCUGACUGUCAGGAUUCAGAAUGCUGGAACUGAAGUUGUGGAGGCAAAGGCAGGUGCUGGAUCUGCAACAUUGUCAAUGGCAUAUGCCGCAGCUAGAUUUGUUGAGUCAUCUCUCCGUGCUCUUGAUGGAGACAGCGAUGUCUAUGAGUGCUCUUAUGUGGAUUCAAGUCUGACUGAGCUUCCAUUCUUUGCUUCAAGGAUUAAGAUUGGAAAGGAAGGAGUUGAAGCUUUGAUACCAUCUGACCUGCAGGGUCUGACGGAUUAUGAGCUAAAGGCUCUGGAGGCACUUAAGCCAGAACUGAAAGCCAGCAUUGACAAGGGCAUUGCUUUUGCCAACAAGCAACCAGUGGCUGCUUAAUUGCUAGCAUCUGAAGCUCCACCUCAUUCGAAUUAAUGCUUUACAGAGGGAUCUGAAGAAAUCUGGUUAUGUUUCUUUGGGUUUAUCUUUGCAGCAGUACUUUCAAUUUUGUAGACUGAAGUUUAUAUUGUUCCAGUUGUCUAUGUUGCAGCAGGGGGAAGAAAUAUAGAGUUGCUUCUGUUGUUGUAGAGGAAGGUAGACAGUUUUGAAAUAACUUGGCUGCUCAGUUGUUAGUGUUUAGGGAUAUAAUGUAUUUCUCCUCCCUCUGCAUGUUUGCAAGAGUUGAGCUAGUCUGUGAUGCAACAAAUAAAUUCUUAAACAGCUGAUUUACAUCUUUCGUGG